AUGUCGGAUCUGGUCAAGACUCUUGUGCUUCGCCCGGACAUCUCCAAGCCCAAGUGGGAUCAAUCGACUUUCGAGGGAAGAGCCAAGGUACCUUGAUACUUGAUCUUUCGAUCUGAUUUGACAUAUCCCUUUUUAGCAUUUCUUCGCCAUCACUAACCCACUGAACCUCUUCUACGGCGGAAAUCAGCUUGACAACUUUAAGCAGAUCGUCGAGGAAUACAGGUAUCUUUUUGACCGAACCCGCCAGGCAUUACUCCUAAAAUAUUCAGAAAGGGAAAUGUCUCCAAUGAUCUCACUCUCAACCAACUCUGGAAAGCGAAACACGUUGUCGACUCGGCAUUCCAUCCAUCCACCGGCGAGAAGAUGUUUGCAGUCGGCAGAAUGUCCGCGCAAGUCCCGAUGAACAUGGCCAUCACCGGAGGAAUGCUCACUUUCUACAAGUCCCCAAUGGCUGUCAUCUUCUGGCAGUGGCUGAAUCAGUCGUUCAACGCCGUCGUCAACUACACGAACCGUUCGGGAGACGGCGGAUCCGUCAGCCAACUGCUCGUCUCGUACUGUGCAGCCACUGGUGGAGCACUCACAGCUGCUCUUGGAUUGAACUCUCUCGUCAAGGUGGGCAAGUAAAGAUGUCUGUCUAUCCGUUCGGGUGUAAUGAAUAAAAAUGAACGAACCGACAACAGAUGUGCAAGAGAAAAAACUUGAAAUGACAUCAUUGAAUUUUAGAAAGCGCCACCACUUGUCGGACGUCUCGUGCCAUUUGUCGCCGUCUGUGUGGCCAAUGCUAUCAACAUUCCGAUGAUGAGAAGAGGGUUGGUGACUGAUCUAUGAAACGAUAUAAAACGGGAAGUGAGCUUAUGAGAAUAUUUCAGAGAACUAACGGAAGGAAUCGAGAUACUCGAUGAGAAUGGUCAAGUUAUCGGACAGUCUCCAAAGGUUGCCACUUCGGCCAUCAGCCAAGUCGUCAUCUCCAGAGUUUUCAUGGCUACGCCCACCUUUGGUAAUUAAACGAUUCAAUUAAUUUGUUCAUAAAAUUGAUGUUUUCAGCUUUCAUCCCAAUUGUGGUAAACGCUCUCGAAAAGAGACCGUACUUCAAGGCGAAUCCCAAGAUGUUCCUCCCGCUGCAGACGAUCCUUUGCGGACUGGUCCUUUCGGUGUCCACGCCGGUCGGAUGUGCUCUCUUCCCGCAGCUCACGCCCGUUUCAUUCGACCAAAUCGAACCGGAGCUCGCCCAAAAACUCAAGAACUUGCCGAACCCGCCAAAACAACUCUAUUGCAACAAAGGAUUGUAA